AUGGACGAACCAACUGACCCUAGACUUAAAAACCCUGCUAUGUUCCAAAGCCCUAGUAAAACAACUAAGGAGGAAAUUGGACCCAAAGAUAAAUCAAGUAACCCAAAAGAGAAAGAGGACAAGGAUGGCGAGACAAAGGAAAAAGAAGCGCCAUACGUACCUCCACCACCCUAUAACCACCUAUCCCAAGCUAUUACACAAAUGCCCUCAUAUGCUAAAUUUCUCAAAGAAAUCCUAUCAAAUAAGAAAAAUAUAGAAGACAAUGAGACCAUAACACUCACUGCCGAAUGUAGUACGAUAAUUCAAAAUAAAAUGCCACCUAAGCUGAAAGACCCAGGGAGUUUCUCCAUACCCUGCAAUAUAGGAAAAUUUGUCAUAGGCAAAGCUCUGUGCGGCUUAGGAGCUAGUAUUAGCCUAAUGCCUUUGUCCAUUUGCGAGAAGCUUAAUAUGGGAGAGCUAAGACCAACCAAGAUGUCAGUACAACUUGCAGACCGUUCUGUUAGGUAUCCUGUAAGUGUUCUUGAAAACGUGCCCGUCCGCAUCGGACAAUUUUACAUCCCUACGGAUUUCAUAAUUAUGGACAUAAAGGAAGAUGUCAAUACCCCUAUAAUCUUAGGAAGACCAUUUCUGGCCACCGUUGGAGAUAUUAUAGACGUAAAGAAAGGCAAGUUGACAUUCGAAGUAGGUGAAGAGAAGGUCGAAUUUAUUCUAACACAAUUCCUUCAGGCCUCAGCUAUAGAAGAUACAUGCUAUCUGGUGGACGUUAUUGAUGAAUGUAUAAGAGAUAUAGGAUUAUCAGAAGAAUCUUACUCUGAUGUUAUAAAGAUCCAAUGCCCCUGA